AUGGCCCGCUAUUUGGGAAGAGUUCAAUGGCUUUGCUUUGCAAGGCUCAACUCCACUAGUAUGAAACCAAUGGCGAGGGAUCCCGUGACAAUAAUUCCAACAGUAUACGAGCUAACGCAAGAUAAAGAUGUUACACCUGAAACAAAUCCCGAGACUUCAUUAGUUAGUUACUUACAAUCUAGACAUCUCAUUGAGUCGUUAACGGAUGAUAAAUUGUUUGACAUCACAAAGCGUAAGAAUAAUCACAAGUUUAGGUUGUACUGCGGUGCUGACCCAACUGCACAGAGCUUACACUUGGGUAAUCUUCUUCCACUCAUGGUACUACUACACUUUAAGAUGUGCGGAAAUGAUGUUUUUGGACUAGUGGGUGGUGCAACUGGGCAAGUAGGAGAUCCAAGUGGAAGAAGUUCUGAGAGGACCAACUUGAAUAUAAGCGAUGUUGUGAGCAACGUUUCGCGUAUUGAAAGCCAAAUAACAACCUUUUUGUCGAAUGGGAUAGAAUAUGCCAAGUCGAGGCAAUUCCCAAUGAAUGAGAAUAAUAUUGGUACAACCUUUAGUGUCAAUAAUGAGGCCUGGUGGAAGGAUAUAAAAAUGUUGAAUUUUUUGGCAACUUAUGGUAAACAUAUCCGUGUAAAUGCUAUGUUGGCAAGAGAUUCAAUACUGUCACGAUUAGAGAGUGGUGGUGGUAUUGGGUUUAAUGAGUUUACGUAUCAAAUACUACAAGCGUAUGACUUUUACCAUUUGCAUAAAACCGAGAAUGUUGAUAUUCAAGUAGGUGGUAACGACCAAUGGGGUAAUAUCACCGCUGGAAUUGAUAUUAUUUCGAGGUUGAAAAAACAAGAGGAUGACAACAAUAGUAGGGAGGCUUAUGGGAUCACGGUUCCUCUUUUAACAACACCUUCUGGUGACAAGUUUGGUAAAUCUGCAGGCAAUGCCAUUUUCAUUGAUGCACAGUUGACCAGUGCAUAUCAGAUGUAUCAGUAUUUUAUCAAUGUAUCGGAUGACAUGGUUGAGAAACUAUUAAAGGUUUUCACCUUAUUACCCUUAAAUGUUAUAGAAGGAGAAUUGAUGCCUCGACAUCUUGCUGAUUCCGGCUUACGCAUUGCGCAGAGAGUUUUGGCGAGAGAGGUUGUUGAUUUGAUACAUGGAGUUGGCGUGGGAGAUGAAAUGGCAUAUAUAACUGGAUUUUUAUUCCCAACACCGGACCAACCAUUUAGUGACGAUAUCGAUGCAGACAAAAUGAUUGAGAACUUUAAGAGAUCGGGUAUUUUAUACAAGUUUCCCUUGGCAAGAUGCAACGAUAUAAAGAUGAGCACAUUAAUUGCUGAAAUUACAGGCAAGUCAAGGAGGGAAGUAAAGACGUUGAUUAGAUCUGGUGGUGUAUACUUGGGAUUGGAUAGAAAUCAAUUUGAAGAUCCAGACGAUGUAGUAUUGUUUGAUAAGACCCACCAUUUGAUUGAUGAAAAAUUGAUGUUGAUGAGAAUUGGGAAGCAACAAUAUUAUGUAGUAGAAUUUGUAUAA